AAAACGUACUGGCGAUUACCACAACAGCUGUACACUGGCUUCUUUUUUGUUAACGACGUCGAUCGAGACAAGCAGUGACAGAAACAUGAUUUCGCUUGGGAUUUUGUGAGAGAUAUCUUUGCAGCAGACGGACAUACUGCCAUUGCAACUUCCCGUUCCCUCAAUUCAGUGUGUCUUGGGUCUGACUCGCAAUAUACUAAGACAGCAUGGCCAAGCGGAUUUAAGCUGCGACUGAAGAACAGGCGAAGCGAUCCCUGGGGGCGACCACAUUCUUGGCAUUCAGCCAAAAUCACAGAGAACCCGCCCGAUCUCAGUAUGAUGCAAGUAUCUCAGGGCAUGAUUGGCACUCCUUGGCACCAAGCCUACCAUUCCAGUUCCUCCACAAGUGACCUCUCCAGCUAUGACCAUGGCUAUCUGAGAAGAAGCCCUGACCAGUACAGCUCCAGAGGAAGCAUGGAGAGUCUGGACCACACCCCUACGGGAUACUCCCAUCAACCCUGCCACCUCUCACCAGCCAAAUCCACCAAUAGUAUCGACCAGCUUCCCCAUCUGCACAGCAAGAGGGAUUCUGCAUACAGCUCUUUCUCUACUAGCUCCAGCAUCCCCGAAUAUCCAGCACCUACAUUCUGCAAGGAACGGUCAUACUCCAUGGAGAAUGUGCAUUCCCGGAUCAGGCCGCAGGAAGGGGGAAUGCGACAGGCUGAUAUUAGGUACAUUAAAACUGUCUACAAUGCCCAGCGAGGGGUUUCAGAGGAAUACGAGGUGAAGUCUUCUUCUCUUUUGCCUAGCAGGGAGGCCCAGGCCAAAGGCUACAACACCAGCAGGUUGUAUGGCUACAACAAAGGCCCACAAACCCGGAGUUCAUCUGACAGCGAGAGCCAGUAUGUGAAAGGGCCUCCCAUGCCACCAACCCGUAGCGAUAGUUAUGCAGCAACAAGGCACCAUGAGAGGCCCAGCUCUUGGUCUAGUGUUGAUCGUGUUGAUCACAGAAAGCCAUGUAGGACUCAUUCCAAAGGUGUUUGGUCCCACCUGGGCCCAGGGACUCCUUCUCCUCUGGGGCAGCUCCAGAAAUCUCCAUUCCUUGACGGACCACUCCACACAGUGAUGGAGAAGAGCCCAGAGAGCAGUCCCACAAUGAAGCCCAAGCAGGUGUAUUCCCAAGCAACUCAACCGGGGCAGCCUUUGCUUCCAACCGGUGUUUACCCUGUACCUUCUCCUGAACCACAUUUUGCCCAAGUCCCUCACCCUUCUGCAAGUAAUACUGGGAUGCUUUAUCCAGCGCUUGCCAAAGAGCGUGGGUACGCACCAGCCCCUGCUUCUCCAGAUUCCUAUGAAAAGGCUGCAGCCUGCGGUCAGCAUUCUAGCUUGGAUGAGAACGGAAACCAAAGCAUUCCUAACAAGACGGUUAUCUUCUAUCAUCCUGAAUGUGUGCCGUUGACAGCAGGGAAAAAGAAAGAUGCGGGUGAUCCGGAUGCAAAGUUUAUCUUGUACAGAACUCAUCCUCAAGCCUACCCAAUUUCUUCAAGACAGGAUGAGUUGGGACCCUUGCAUAUGGCAACACCUGUUGUCCAGGAAAUCACAAGAAAUGCACAGCCUUUGAGCCACAACUCUCAGCCCUGGCUGUCUCAUCUAAGGGAUGGGGGCGACAGCAAAAGUGUCUGCCAGUCUAAGGGCUACGGGGCAGGAGAGCACCAGGAGGAGAAGAACGCUAAGCCGCAGAAAAGUGAGAGAGCUUCCACAGCACAAAACCAAUGGAACUCCAGCAAGGCCAAGCAGUAUAGCUUUUUUUCUUUGCAAAAUAUCCCAGAAAGUACUAAAUUGCAAAAUAACUUAAAUCUAAAGGAGAUGGAACAAUUCCGGAGCUACUCGGAUGCCAAAUGGCAUUUUGUGAAUAGCGGCAGCCAAGCAGAGAGAGACUACCGUGGGCAGAUCCCUGAGUGCUGGCAGGACAGAGAAUGGCAGGCCUUGGAAAGACACCAUGAUGGAUUUACUGGCACGGAGCAUGUUCGGGAACGGAUCCAUAGUGCAGAGCCAAAGUAUGAUGAGCCUUCUUCUCCAUUGCACCCAAAGACAUCAGAUUUCAGCUUUCGCCGGCUUAGUUCUAGCAGCACCCAAAGCUUCCAGAGCUCUCAGAAUGGGAAAAUGGACUCUAGAAAGGCCCACUGUUCCGUUUUGGAGAAGGUCAACAAGAUAGAGCAGCGUGAACAAGGCAACCAGAGGCCUCAGAGUCUGAGUGUAAGCAAUUUUAGCCAGAAUUAUGGGUCAAACAAGCCCAGCCUUAACAACAUUGAAGACAUCCGAAACAGGCGUAACUCUCAAGAGCAUGGCCAGUUACUGGGUGAACACUGCAAGCCAGCCAAUAUUCCCAUCUCUGAACCUGUCUCAUAUGCACAAUAUCCAACUGAGAAAGGGGUCAUCAAACCAGAGAGGGCUAGCUGGCAUUCUGCAGAGCAGCAGACAGGAGCAACAACUGCAGUAGUAGCAGUGCCAGCAAGGCAGAGUGUUUACCAUGGUGGUUUCUCUGAAAACGAGCCUCAGAAACAUGUGCCGCAACUGCAGCGGAGUAGAAGCACAUUCCAGUUGAUAGAUGAGCCCGGGAGGGAAAUCUUAUGGAAAGGUAAUGUCCAGGACUUGAAUGGAUUACAGUUGGAUACACCCUUUAACAGGGCUUACCGGAACAGCAUAAAAGAUGCCCAGUCAAGGGUCUUGAGAGCUACAUCCUUCAGGCGCAAGGACCUCAACAUCAGCCCUCCAUUUGGAAACGAGCCUAGGAGGAGUGUCCAUCGUCCAGCUUCAGCCCAUGUCGGGAUGAGGAGCACGGCAGCAUCUCCACAUACCCCAAAGGAGAGACACAGCAUAACUCCAACGGAGACCAAGCAGGGCUAUACCAACAAUGAGAGUCUUCCUGGAUCGCUGCACGUACCCCGUAUCGGAGGCAGAAAGCGUCUGACAGCAGAGCAGAAAAAAAGGUCCUACUCCGAGCCAGAGAAAAUGAACGAAGUGGGUGUGUCUGACAGUGAGCUCUCGCCCUUCUCUCUCCAGAAGAAAGCCCCCCAUUUUGUUUUUCCAGAGAACACAGUGGCUGACCGACGCAAGAUCUUUGAGAGGGAGAACAAGGCUUGCUCCACCAUUAAUCUUUCAAAACCGGAGUUGAAGCAGCUACAGCAAAACGCCCUGGCAGAUUACAUUGAACGCAAAACAGGGAAACGGCCUUCCUCCGCAUCCCAGGACACCAGCUCCCAAACCCCGUGCCAGCAAACAGGAGCUCCGGAUGGCCAGUCUCUCUCAUCUUCUUCCAGCAUGAAUUCUCUUCAAGAUCUGAGUCUGUAUCAUCAUAGGGAGUCUCUAGAGAGAGUUUGUAAACCCGGGCGUGGCUUUGCUACCCUACCUCCUGGGCUAAUGGGCUGCUUCGAUGUCACUGGAUAUGAGAACAAAAAGGGGCUCCCAAAUAACAGCAACAGCUCCUUUCCCAACUGGCUGAAAACAGACCGGCAUCAGGAUCUCAGACCUAAUCCAGAGCUCACAAAAGGCACUCAGACAGAUCAGUUGGACAUUUGCACCCAGCCGUACUGUGGCAACCAAGCUCCGGAAAAGAAGCCCGCAUGCACCAAGAAGCCUGGGAAAUCAGUGUCGGCAGAGGACUUGCUUGACAGAUCAGAUAACCAAGCAGUCGCUGUGCAUGUUCGAUCCAGGUCAUCUCCUAUAGCUGAUAAGAAAUGCCAGGAUUUGCUGAUGGGAGACAGGUCUGAGUUCAGCCAUUUUGUGAAAGAUCCCUUCUAUGUGGUGGAUGCUGGUAGCCGAUCAUUUGACAGUAAAGAAAGAAAUCAGAUGGACAAACCAGCAUUUGCACGCUAUUAUCCUCACCCUCGGCACAGCAGUGGGAAUGUCAGUAACGCAUCACCACUGAGCGAUGGCCUGAAAGCCCCGGAUCUUCUCAGGCAUCUCAGCAGAACGUCAGCCUUUGCCCCACUGCCAGUGGAUGCAAAUAGUCAUCGUUCUGACCCUAAACAAAGCGCCAUGCCCGUUCUUCCUUCCAAAUCUGGUCAGCCCUCAACCAAUGCUGCAAAUUCCACACCAGCUCUUGCCCGAGAAGGCCAGGAAACAAGAUGGCAGCCCAAAUUUGACAGGGAUGACAAUAGUAAAGUUCAAGCCCAGGUUCUCGACAAUGGCGACUGUCCCCUCAAAGAUUCUGCAGAAGAAACCGCUUGGAGAUGGAAGGCUGCUCUGCCCCAAAGACAUCUCCCAACUAAUGCCAAAUGGGUCCAUUUGGUCAAAGACGACAGCCUCCCAAAGAACUCUGUAUCUCCUCAGGCGUCUGGGCAGAAGGUCUUCCAACGGUGGCAAAGCCUUCCCUCACAAAGCAGCUCUUCUUCUGAGCCAGAGACUCUUUCUGGCCAAGGAAGACUCUCACUCCGCAUCUCGGAGUCCUACCUACAGAUGACCCCUCCGCCAUUCCAUCGGGAAGAAGGGGACGAUGACGUUUUCUUCCAAGAGACACAGCCUCAUGCAGCCACCACUGAGUCCAAGCGUUCAUCCCCUCUGUUGCCACCUCCACCUCUACUUCCUGUACAGAGCUCCAGUGCUAUGGCAAACGCUAUGGAUGAAUUUCCACUUUCUCCUAUUGCCCUGGAAGUGAAUGCAGCAGCAAUGGACAAAGCUGCAAGUCUCAGAGAAAAGGAGUCUCCAGAAAGAAACUUAAACAGAUUUCCUAGAGGCCUCAGUGAGAGGGAGAAAGCUGGAUCGAACAUCGCCAUCAGCAAGAGCGGCUGGGUUGUUCCACCUCCGUUUGGAACCUCGGGAUCCAAAGCAAAUGGCUUUGCCCCUUCCCCGGAAGCAGGACCGCAGCCACUGGCCACUCAAGAAUCCGUUAAUGGAACACCUGUCAGUCAGCCCAGAGAGCCCAUUGCGGUGAGCAAGGCGUAUGAAAAUGAGGGGCUUAACCCCGAGAGUUACUCAGGGAAGAAGAAGACUCCAGAAGACAUCAAGGAGGAGACUCUGGCAAAGGAGAUAAUCCACAAGGACAAGUCACUGGCUGGCGUCCUGGAUCCAGACGCCAAGAUGAAGACCACCAUGGAUUUGAUGGAAGGAAUAUUUCCUAACGGGGCCAGGAUGCUUAAGGAGAACACAAGGAGGAAGAUCUUGCAGAAGAGGACAGCUGGUCAUUCGGCCGCGGAGGAUGAUAAGAGAGAAGAGAAGGAAGCUGCCACCACUUUGGCUCCCUGCCCUGCUUACUUCAGCGUGUCUGCUCCCAAAGCCGAGCUGCUGAACAAAAUCAAAGAUUUGCCGGAAGAGACAGGCGGGGAUGAGGAACAAGGGGAUGUCAACGAGAAGAAGGCUGAACUCAUUGAGAGCUUGUCCCGCAAGCUGGAGACUCUGAAAGAAGCCAAGGAGAGCCUGCAGGCAGACGUCAGGCUCAACAAUGCUUUGGGAGAGGAAGUGGAAGCGUUGAUCAGCGGCCUGUGCAAGCCCAACGAGUUUGAGAAAUACAGGAUGUUCAUUGGAGACCUGGAUAAAGUGGUCAGCCUGUUGCUUUCACUCUCAGGACGCCUGGCCAGGGUGGAGAAUGUUCUCAACAGCCUCGGCGAAGAUGCUGACGAUCAGGAACGGAGCUCCCUGAACGAGAAGCGGAAGAUGCUGGCAGGCCAGCACGAGGACGCGCGGGAGCUGAAGGAGAACCUCGACCGGCGAGAGCGGGUGGUCUUGGACAUUCUGUGCAGUUACCUCUCCGAAGAGCAGCUUCAAGACUACCAGCAUUUUGUGAAGAUGAAAUCUGCCCUUCUCAUCGAACAGCGCGAGCUCGAUGACAAGAUCAAACUGGGGCAGGAGCAACUCAAGUGCCUUCUGGAGAGCUUGCCCGUGGACUUUGCCCUUCGGAGCAAAAAAGCAGUGGCCCCCCUGGCGCCCGUGGGGUCUGGCGUGAAUAGCAAUAGGCCGCCACCAGCAUCUUCGCUCUGACCCAAACAGGUGUCUGCUGAACUCUUCUUCUUGAAUUUAUUUAAUCAGAGACAGCUUUUAACUUUUUUUUGUUUGGAAUUGAUGGGAGGUUUCUUUUUUAAAAAAUUAACAUACAGAAAACAAAACGGCAUGGAAAGCUUUGGGGUUUUCCCCCUUCUGCCUGUGAUCACAGGCCCACGAGACUCUCAUGAAAAGGAAUGGAAUCCUUGUGGCUGAGAAAGGAGGCGACGUGUUCUCCAAGCAGGUGGACUCAUCGUAAACAAACAUGAGCUGCUCCCGCCAGAGGAAUCGGGGAGUUCCUCUGAGCACCGACGGUUGUUAAAUAAUGAAGGAUCUACAACAAUGAAGCCUUAAUUAAAAUAUUGAUGAGCGACCUGCUCUCCUGAACAAUAUCGGUAUUUAUAUUUUGUAAAAGCUGCAAGGUAGAAUUCUGUAAAGAUUUUUUUGUACAAUAACAUUAAUCAGUUGUUUGAUUCUACUUCAAUAUGUAUGUAGGAAACAAAUCGUUUGAAUUUUUUUUUUGUACUUAACAGAGAAAAAUGAAAGAGGAACAUCUCCCAAGCCCCACCCCCUUACGAUAAUCACAAAACACAGCUUGGAGUAUCUGUAUCAACUAGCAGGAAAUGCUCCAGGCCCUGAUCCAAGGUGCUUACAUGCAAAAUCUCUGUGUGCACAACCAGUACUUCGUCCUCCUUGGGCCAUAUGUGGAUACAGCUUUGCAUCUUCUGCCAGAAACAUAUGGGAAAUAUACUAUCGUUCCCCCGCUCCCCCUCCUGGUAGAUCCUGGUCAUAGCGCUAAAGAUUGUAUUCCCAUGUACACAGCCUUGCAUAUACGAUCAUAAUACAUCUGCUCCCCCAUCUUUGCAAGGUGCUUGGUGUCCCCAUGGUUAGCAGCGGGCAGCACAGACUUACGUGCAUGGAGAACAAGGUCCUGCCUCUCGAGCCCUCUUUCUUUUCCUGCACGGCAGGAUCCAGUGCAGUUGGGGAGCAAUAUUCCAUACACACAAUGCCCCAACUUUUGAGCACCCAUAUCUACUGGAUGGGGUGGGGGGCAUUUAUCUCUUUAGUACCUGCUGAAUGUACCAGUAAGUGACCUUUCUGAGAAAGCUUUGCACAGCAAAAAUACCGUCUUCCAAAUCUGCGACAUGAAGCAACCACCCGUUCGAACAAGCACUUGCGUGAACCAAACAACUCAGGAGUCGACGCGAAGCUGAAGCAAAGAGAUCUCCCCCUAUCCACCUCUUGGACUCACGGACAAUUUAAAAACAUUUAUUUUAAAAAAGGAACAGAAAGCAUGGAACCGCAUGCGGCCUGGGAAAUAUUUGAAUGACUUCUCGAGAUGGUUCUGUGAAUGUCUUUAUUUAUAGAUUGCUUCCCUCCCCACAAAAUGUUUGUAUACAUUAGUCUUGGUUCUUUUUUUUUUAAAAAAACACAAUUGUUCUUCGUUCUGCUAAUCCUGUUGGAACUGACCUUAGCCAAAAUGGAGCAAAUAGAGUCAAUUACCCCA